CAAUACAAAGAUGAGCUACUCGACGUAUUGUUCCGCAGAUGUGGGAGGAAGGAGAGGAGGCGGCGACGCCUGGAAGCCAAGAGAGGCUGAAAAAUGAGGAUUACGGCGCUUUGAGGGACGUCCAUUAGCGUUCACGUCUUAUCGGCCCGAGCGUCUCAGCUGCCACGCACACGCCACCUUUCCACCUCUGCGGGGGUAGCCAUGGCGACCAGCGCCGUGCCAAGCGACAACCUGCCGACGUACAAGCUGGUGGUGGUGGGAGACGGCGGCGUCGGGAAGAGCGCGCUCACCAUCCAGUUUUUCCAGAAGAUCUUCGUGCCGGACUACGACCCCACCAUAGAGGACUCGUACCUCAAACACACCGAGAUAGACGCGCAGUGGGCCAUUCUGGACGUGCUGGACACAGCCGGCCAGGAGGAGUUCAGCGCCAUGAGGGAGCAGUACAUGAGGACGGGAGACGGCUUCCUCAUCGUCUUCUCUGUCACCGACAAGGCCAGCUUUGAACACGUUGACCGCUUCCAUCAGCUCAUACUGAGAGUCAAAGACAGGGAGGCCUUCCCUAUGGUCCUGGUGGCAAACAAAGUGGACCUGGUCCACUUGAGAAAGAUCACCACAGACCAGGGCCAAGAAAUGGCUGCGAAACAUAAUAUAACUUAUAUCGAAACCAGCGCCAAGGAUCCUCCGAUGAACGUGGACAAGGCCUUUCACGAGCUGGUCCGUGUUAUCAGGCAACAAAUCCCAGAGAAGAACCAGAAGAAGAAGAAGAAGAUGAAAUGGAGGGCAGAACGUUCCACAGGUUCUCACAGGCUGCGUUGUGUCAUAUUGUGACCUCCUUCCUCAUCACCACAUCACACACGCACACACACACACACACACACACACACACACACACACGCACACACAUUAUGGGAUGUCAGGGAACUCGUCAGCAGUCCGUGACUACUGGAGCACAAGACGUUUUGUGGAUCAACCGGAGGAGUUUGUCCUCCAUUUUUCCCAUGAAUAUUAUGAAUGUUGAUCUGAUGCAGACUCUGCGGAAAUGAAGACGACCAAUUUACGACUACAAAAAAAAAAAAGGGAAGGAUGUGCGCCCUCCCGCCACCAGGGGGAGCACCUGUGCUUUUUUAGCCGCACAGACGAAGGCCUGGUCACAUGAUCAGAGGACCGCACAAAGACGUAAGAAGCUUUUGUGUUCAUAACAGCUGUUUUUGUACGUCAUUCAUGCACGAUUCCAGUGAUCGUACUAAGUGGAGUAUUGGGGUCACACGUCCUAAACACGUUUAUAUCAAAACUUGUAUUAUUCACUUAUAAUUACAAGUUUCACUUGUGUUAAUAAUACAAAUAUAUUCUUUUAAGUUAAAGUAGCAAUGAUUGUCACACACACACUAGGUGUGGCAAAAUUAUCCUCUGCAUUUGACCCAUCACCCUUGAUCACCCCCUGGGAGGUGAGGGGAGCAGUGAGCAGCAGCGGUGGCUGCGCCCGGGAAUCAUUUUUGGUGAUUUAACCCCCAAUUCCAACCAUUGAUGCUGAGUGCCAAGCAGGGAGGUAACGGGUCCCAUUUUUUUAUAGUCUUUUGGUAUGACUCGUACAAAUGUAUGCCUGUAAAAGUUGUUUAUUCCCACAGCAUUGAACUUCUCUUGUCCAAAGAGGUUUCUUUGUGAUGUAUUCCUGUAAAGAUAAUGACCUUUUUUUGAGCUAUUAUUACAAAUAUGAUUCAAACUAGGGCUGGACAAUCACAUUUUAAAUUCCAUCUCAAUUACACUGCAAAAACUGAAAUAUAAGUAAGAUUAAAUAUCUCUAAUAAGGGUGAUAUUUGCUUAUUUUCUGUCUGAUAAGAUAAUUCUUCUCACUAAGCAGAUUUUAUGUUAGAGUGUUUUACUUGUUUUAAGGGCUUUGGUCCUAAAUGAUCUCAGUAAGAUAUUACAGCUUGUAGCUGAGAUUUGAUGACCUAUAUUGAGUAAAACAUGCUUGAAACUAGAAUAUCAACUGAUGCAAAGCUGUGUCAUCAACACUCACAAGUAUAAAACUACUUUUUUAAAGUAAUAAUUUCAUGACUUUGACACAAUUGUGUCUCAUAAUUAAAACAGAUGACAGCCAAAUGGACUUUGCUGUUUUAUUUUCAAUGAAACAAUAGAAAAUACGUACUCCUAUAGUAGUACACUUGUUAUUAGUGAAAAUAUACCGUAUUUUUCGGACUAUAUCGCAGUUUUUUUCAUAGUUUGGCCGGGGGUGCGACUUAUACUCAGGAGCGACUUAUGUGUGAAAUUAUUAACACAUUAGCGUAAAAUAUCAAAUAUUAUUAUUCAGCUCAUUCACGUAAGAGACUAGACGUAUAAGAUUUCAUGGGAUUUAGCGAUUAGGAGUGACAGAUAGUUUGGUAAACGUAUAGCAUGUUCUAUAUGUUAUAGUUACUUGAAUGACUCUUACCAUAAUAUGUUACGUUAACAUACCAAGCACGUUCUCAGUUGGUUAUUUAUGCCUCAUAUAACGUACACUUAUUCAGCCUGUUGUUCACUAUUCUUUAUUUAUUUUAAAUUGCCUUUCAAAUGUCUAUUCUUGGUGUUGGAUUUUAUCAAAUAAAUGUCCCCAAAAAAUGCGACUUAUACUCCAGUGCGACUUAGAUAUGUUUUUUUCCUUCUUUAUUAUGCAUUUCAGUGUUUUCCAUAAACUGCCAAGAUACCUGUGGCGGUGGGGGCGUGGCUAUGGGCGUGGUCACCAUGACAUCGAGUAAUUUGCAUAAUUUACUACAAUGAUAUGAUUUUCUCUAAAA